CACUGGCGCCGGCGGUGUUUAAGAAACCUCAAAUGCGGCCGAUGAUUGCCGAAUACGAUCCGAGGAGGAAAGGCGUUAAAAAUGAUCUAUCAGAUAUCGUCAUGGUCAAGACAUUGAAAAAACUAGUCUAUUUAUCUGAAAAAAGAAAUUGCGAACCUCAAAUAAAUCUUUUGAGGCGAAUACGCCACGGGUCAGCAUGACCCGGAUUUUGAUUUGUCUAUUGAGCAAUGUUUAAUCGUUAAAAUGGUAUUUUAUAUUGUAUGUUGAGUGUUAAGUACAUAAAACGAGCUUUAGCUCAACGCUGUUCGGAGACGCUCUGGGAUGGCGUUUGCAGUAUCCACGAGAUUAAGGUCGCCCUGCGACCUUGAUCAUCUCGCUAUCGCGAUGGACUCAUACACCGGUACAUCAUUCCAUUUUGUGGUUUCAUUUUGUUUAUUUAUUUUAUUUGAUAUCGUUAAAAAAAUUAUUUUGAGUAAGGCUAGCUGUAGCCGCGGCUCCUUGCCCACCAGUCGUUGUAGGCCAAGAGCGAGUCAUUUAUUCGUUAUGACAUUUAGUACAAGUAGCAUUUGCACACAACGACAUUAUUAAUAGUCACAAUAGCUCUAAGUUACAAAGACAUGUGUAUACACAUGAACAAUUUUAAUUGGAACUGCGAUUUGCUCGCAGUUAUUUGUGUCAAGUCAUGCGUCUGAAAAUGUCGCUGUUUGCAGUGUCUAAUUACUAUACAAUAUAUCAUAUCAAAAGCAGCAAUUUUGUGACGUCAAGCUAGAUGAUUCUUCUAUGAAGAGUUUUCAAAUGUGACGUCACAAAUCGUAUUUCGCGUUAAUUUACUUGCGUACUACAGUAUAUUUACCUAUACAACGAUGUUAGUUACGAAUGUAAUGUCAUAGCGAAUCAGGGACCCGGUGGAAAAUUAAGGAAGUAGGUCCUUAUUAAAACUGAAAGUUUGUAAUAGUACGGUAGCCCAGAAUAUCGGAGUAUGGAAAAACAGAUGAAUUCAGAAUGAAUUUGUGAAAAAUCUGGAAAAACAGCAACAUUUUUGUUAUUAGUUCAUGUGGAAAAUUGCCAAUGGCGGACUGAAAUAGGAACCCGGUAGAUCGGUCUCCUUUAAUAACCUUCUCGUACUACCUGGUAGCUAUACUCAUGUAUACAAUGGGAGCUAUGGCAAACCUUCAGACUGUAUUUAAGGCUUCCUCAAAGUUUCCACCAGCUCGGCCCGAGUGACGCGGCGGCUGUUCGCUCGUGCGCCAUCUCUGUUCAGGCUCGGUAUGGGCUCGUGAUCGGGAAUUUUUGUACAAAUUUGAUCUAGCUUUAUGUCUCACCCCAUUCUCAAUUGGCAUUAUACAAAAAGUUAUCAGUUUCCGAAUCCUCUGUAACAAAUCUCCUAAUUAUUGUAAACGCUCCUUGACUAUACGUACCGUCUCACUCUAUUCAAAAUUACUCUAAUAAAUUUAGUUACGAUAGAUACAAAACGUAAAGCUGUAUUAAAUUUUACGAUACAGCCCACCCAUUUUGUAAAUGCCGAGGCUUAACAGAGUGACACGCACUUUACAUAAAUAAAUGAACCUGUACAUUUUGGAGACCAUAAUGAUUGUCACACUUCACCCAGAAACACUCACACAGAAAACACUGAUUACUGACUAACCAUAUUCGAAUUUAGAGAUAUUUUCAACCGUGGGAAUAUAUUAACAAUUGUAGUACCGCAUGCAGAUCAGACUGUAUUCAAUAUUCGCGAGGUCACACAUUUCGAUCAGAUUUUAAGAAUCAUCAUUUUAGCUUGAAACGUUACGCUUUCUGUGUUGUCACUACAUGAACCAUUACAUUUUGUUCGUGCUUGAGAUCAGAUUAGAUGUUGGAACUACACUGUUAUUCACUCACUUUUAACCUAUACAUCAUACUUAUAUUUUUUAUAUGUUUAUUCUAUGAAAGACAUGUUCUAUAACAGUUGUGCGUGACGGUUCCACAGGUACAAAGUUGAUCCAAAUGAGAUACCAGUGGAACAACAGGCUGGGUCCACCCUCCCUCUUAUGGAGAUCCCAGGGAGAGAUAUCGAGGUGGAUGAGGACUAUAACCCGUUCGAACACCGGAAACUAGCUCACCCUACGUCUGACUUCGAUACUUUGAUCCACUUGCUGAAGGGUUCGCUGGGCAGUGGGAUUUUAGCCAUGCCAAUGGCUUUUAUGAACGCAGGCCUCUACUUUGGCCUGGUGGCCACUUUCCUCAUCGGUGGAAUUUGCACCUAUUGUGUACACGUCCUCGUCAAGACUUCCCACGAACUGUGCUUUAGAAUGCAGAAGCCGUCAUUGGGUUUCGCUGAAACUGCUGAGGCUGCCUUCUUGUCCGGACCACCUGCUGCACACAAAUUUUCGAGACUUGCCAAGGCCAUGAUAAACUGGUUCCUCGUGAUCGACCUUUUGGGCUGUUGCUGCGUAUACAUCGUCUUUGUUUCCAAGAACGUGAAGCAAGUAGUGGACUAUCACGCUGAGGACAGUGAUUGGCUACCUCAUGACAUGAACCUGAGAUACUACAUGGUGGCACUUCUCCCUCUGCUCAUCUUGAUGAAUCUUAUCAGAAACCUGAAAUAUCUGGCACCUUUCUCCAUGAUCGCCAAUCUGCUUGUUGCAACUGGAAUGGCCAUAACUUUCUACUAUCUGUUUCAAGAUAUUCCUAGCAUGAGUGAGCGCAGUAAAUUCGCUGAAUGGGAACGUCUGCCAACCUUCUUCGGAACUGCCAUAUUUGCUCUUGAGGGCAUUGGUGUGGUCAUGCCGCUUGAAAACAACAUGAAGACCCCAACCCACUUCAUCGGAUGUCCUGGAGUCCUCAACUUUGGCAUGUUUUUCGUAGUUUCUCUGUACGCUCUUGUUGGAUUCUUUGGAUAUUUGAAAUUCGGCAAUUUGACCGAAGGAAGUAUCACUCUCAACUUACCCAAAGACGAAGUACUGGGACAAUGCGUCAAAUUGAUGAUUGCUGUAGCUAUCUUCUUCACAUACUGUCUCCAGUUCUACGUGCCCAUGGAAAUCAUCUGGAAGAACGUGCGUCAUCUGUUCGGGGCCAAGAAGAACCUCGCUGAAUACAGCAUCCGGAUUGGCAUUAUCAUCUUGACCGUGUGUAUCGCCGUGGCCAUUCCUGAUCUCGGACCGUUCAUUUCAUUGGUCGGUGCGGUCUGCCUUUCGUUCCUCGGCCUCAUAUUCCCAGCGGUCAUCGAAACAGUAGCCUUCUGGGACCGCCCCAACGGCUUGGGUCGGUUCAACUGGGUCCUCUGGAAGAACACUUUCCUGAUCUGCUUCGGAAUACUCGGUUUCUUAACGGGUUCCUAUGUCAGCAUUUUAGAUAUUAUUAAUGGUGGCGAAUAAGUUGACUAAUGCAAAAGACUAAGAUACGACUAGCUUAAGGCUCAAAUUGGAUUUAAGGGCUAAGAUUUUUUUAUCUAUAUAAAACUUUGCUUUUAGAUCCACUAUUAUCAUUUUAUACUGUUUUAUUAUUAUAAUAAUAAAAAGAUUCCUAAAUAUCGUGAGUUUUACAUAGUUAAUUUUCGAUGUUAUUUUUCGAGAUUAGUUUUAGAAGUAUAUACUACGAGUAAAUAAGUAUAUGCCAACUGGGGUAGUUUGCGCCAAGCGGGUUGCGUUUUAACCCAUAAUAUGAAAUGGAUUUUUUGAUUCUUAUUGAUUGUGACAGCGUAGCUCUCAAAUUAUCAAAGGGUUUUAAUCAUUUGCCGCAUGAGUUGCAGAAUUUCUAAACCUACAUUACACAACGAUGUUCCUGGGCUUAAAAGACUUUGAAAAAAUCUAAAAAGAAGUUUUUAGACAACACAAAAUAUUAAAAAUUGUGAAAUUGCUGUCAUCGUUUUUCGUUAAAAUAACGUUACUAUCUGCUACUAACACUACUAAAUAAAUGUUACUUUACGUAAAAUUACGUUAAUUGUGUCAUUUUGUUGAAAACACAAUGUUUUAGAUGAUAGCAAAAACGAAAGUGCGAUGAAAAAUGACUGAUUACUUGAAUGGUACACAGAGUUACAUAAUAACCCUGCAGAACUUUUAGUAGCUGACGCACGGAUUUUACAGAAACUUUAUCUUACAGUACCAGAGGAACCAGUACGUAGAUUUGAACACGCAUUUUCCAAUCAUCAAUCGAAAUGGUUGAUCGUAUUUAUAGAUUUGAGGGCUACGAAGUUAUAUGUCGAGGGCUAAUUUAAUUUUAACUUUAUACUUGUUAUGACUAGCCCCGAAUCUCUGUAGCCAUUUACGAGUACGUGCUAACGAUGCCUAGUAGACUAGAUUUUCUCAGGUCGACACCAAAGUUCUUUAUCGAUAGCAGUGG